AUGGACUCGGGACUCGUUUUUCCUUUGCUCGUUGCCGGAAGGCUUCUUCUCGCUUUCAAUAUUCCUCCAGAUACCUUAAAAUACGACCAGCAGCUGUCAUCGCCCUUAACGUCCCAUCUAAGAUUACAAGAAGGGAUUUUUUUGUAUCUGAACAACAUCGAUCCUUAUUCUGGAGGUGUAUUCUACCAGUCACCUCUGUUUCUGUCCUUAUUUUCGACAAUACUUCCAACGUCUCGAGUCGCGUGCUCUAUUUUAUGGACGUUAUGUGACGCUAUUGGAGCUUUAGCACUUGUGCGUAUAUGGAGAUUUCGACAACGUGUCGCUUCAAGUACAAGAGACGGUCUAAUCGCUGCGCUGUAUCUACUUAACCCAUAUUUAUCUCUUCCGGCCUUCGCCCUCUCGACUUCCACGAUAGACAAUACCUUGACCCUACUGACUCUGAUGUUUGCAAGCCAAGGGAAAAAAUCGCUGUCCUUGCUAACCCUGGCUUUCGUCAUCCAGCUUUCCCUUUCCUCCAUUUUACUUCUGGUGCCCAUCUUUAUGCUUCUCCUUAGCGGUCCCGUGUCACACUUAGCUUCACCCCACCCGUUUUCCUUCAGCGCAAAAAGAGUUCUACCACUUUUAAUAGAAUUCAUCACGUACUCGAUAGUGCUCAUGAUAGCUUCAACGACGGUCUCCGGUAGCUGGGCAUGGAUUCCAAAGACAUGGGGCGUGAGCUUGGGCCUUCCUGACCUCACACCAAACCCAGGACUAUGGUGGUACUUCUUCACGGAAAUGUUCGAUCAUUUCCGACCGUUCUUCCUGAUGGUUUUCUCAGUCCAUCUUAUUAUCUAUAUCUUUCCGAUAUGCAUUAAAUUCCAGCAUGAUCCCCUCUAUGCCGCGUUUCUCCUGACUGGCGUGUUGGGAACGUUCAAAGCAUAUCUAACGCUAUCAGACCCAGGUCUCUUCUUAAGUAUGAUGCCUCUCUUUCCAGAAAUAUACCCUUACUUGGCUCAUCCGAUCGUAACUGGGCUAUUGCACCUGCACGCGUCGCUCCUUCUGCCGUUAUUCCACCAUCUGUGGAUUUCUCAAGGGACAGGGAAUGCAAAUUUUUUCUACGCGUCGACAUUGGUGUUUGGCAUGGCUAACGGGGCAGCACUGGUGGACUGCACUUGGGCUGGUUUGAGGAUUGCAAUAGGAAGAAACAAGGAAGGGUACGAGGUUGUGCAAGAAUAG